AUGUAUCAAGGCCGAAAUAUGGCGUACGCAGUUUGGCAUAUGCGAAUCAUGAUACCACGCUGUGUUUUCCAGUCUUUCUCCAAGAGCACCACAACUCUCUGUCGGCCUUUCAAGGCCGGCUGUUAG